AUCGAGAUGGAGAUUGAGGAAGGCAACGUGAAGAGAUUCCUCCCCGAAGAUGUCGCCAGCAUCCUUGUAGCCGAGCUGAAGCGAAUGGCGGAAGCGCAUCUGGGCCGCGAGAUCAGGUACGCCGUGGUCACUGUCCCCGGGCACUUCAACGGCCUUCAACGCAGUUCGCUCGUCAUGGAAGCUGCCCAGUGGCGUGGUGGCUUCCGUACUGCCAAGCUUGUGGACGAGCAGGUCGCGGCGGCGGCUGCGUACCGCCUUCAUGAGAAGAGGGGCGACCGCAAGGUCAUCCUCGUCUUCCAUCUCGGCGGCCGCACUUGCCACGCCGCCAAGUUCAGGUUCAAGGAUGGCUCGGGCCAUCUCUUGGACGAACACCAUGAUCCCUACCUGGGCGGUGACGACUUCACCGGCAGGGUUGUGGACUAUUUCGUGGAGCUGAUCAAGGAGAAGCAUCUCCGGGACAUCCGUGGGGAUGAGGGCGCUCUCAGGAAGCUGAGGGCGGACUGCGAGAGGGCCAAGAAGCUACUGAGCGACCCAGAGGGUGUUCUUAUGAACAUCGGAUCGGUUCUUAGCGAAGGAGCGGAUAUCUACGAGGAGCUCACACGAGCCAAGUUCGAGGAGCUGAACCGUGCCCUCAUGGAGAGAGCAAUGGAAAUAGUGGAGACGGUGGUGAUGGGAGGUGCUCCCACUUCCGAGAUGCAGAGCCGCAAGGACGCCAUCGACGAGGUCAUUCUCGUCGGUGGCAGUGUGAGGAUCCCCAUGCUUGGGCAGCUCCUCGGGGAUUAUUUCAAUGGCAGGGGGCUAAUCAGGAACGAGGACGCGGUAAUCCGGGGUGCUGCUCUUCUGUCACGUCCCGAGUCUGCUAGAUACGUGGAGGAAUGCUACUAUGGAGGAGUGUCAGGGCCUCUCUGGUUGGCAAAAUAAACACACAAAUAGG